UUUUUUUUCCCUCUUUUUCUCUUCUUCUCAUAAAAGGGUUCCAAUAUCUAUCAUUCUCUAUCAACUUUUAUCAUAAAAUCAAACAAAUGAUAGUUAUCAAUAAUACCAAAUAUGCAUGUUCAGCAUGCAUCAAGGGACAUCGAUCAUCCCAAUGCAAGCAUACUGAUCGUCGACUUUGGGCUAUUCGAAAAAAGGGACGUCCUAUUAGUCAAUGUGAACGGUGUCGUGAGCAAAGACGUAAAAACCGUAUCCAUCAAAAAUGUCUAUGUCCAAAACUUUUACCACUUUUAAUGCCAACUGAAAAUUCAUCUUUUUAUAAAGAAGAGUUAGUCAAAUCGAGUGUUAUGGCCAUUGAAUCUAUGUUAAUAUGAACAUCUAACAAUUAUAUUAAAUCGUCAAGUCAUCUUUGUUGUGAACUAUGAUAGUUUAUUUUAGUGCUCAAUUUUUUUUUUUUUUGUAAAUAAAGUU